GGAGGGGUGUUUUUCUUUACAUUUUGUCUUUUAAGGCAUGCUAUAAUACCAAUAAUGUGCUGAAAUAUGAGCAAGUUGGCUUUGCCGGUUAGUACUCAGGUAACAGUGCUUAGAUGUUUAAUGAUUCUUGUCUGCUGCAAUCUGUUUCUUGUAGAAUUGGUCAUCUAUUAUUAAAUAAGACUAAAUAGCCUUCUAACUUGAUAACGAUCUGGUUUUUAAUCAUAUAAUUACUGCAUCCAACCCUGUCUUUCUCCACCUGCAUUGUUGUGAGUUUGAAUCCCUGCAUACGUACAUUUCGGUCAACGUAUGCCGAUAUCGGGGCGCCGCAUCCAUCCACAGCUCUAAACACGAUCAAUACGAUAAGCAUGGCGUGCUGUCCUGUUGCUCUCUAUGGUCCACAGCAUUCAGACCUUCUAUGUGCCUGGAGUCGCUCCCAUCAACUACCAGAAGUACAGCUUGGUGGAAAUCAAAGCUGUGAAGUUGACCAGCUCUCAUACUCAGCUGCCCUACGAGUACUACUCACUGCCAUUCUGCCAGCCAGAAAAGGUGGUCUACAAUGCCGAGAACCUGGGAGAGGUGCUGCGUGGAGACCGCAUUGUUAACACACCCUACAAGGUUCUGAUGAGCGAGGAAUACAGCUGUAAGGUUUUGUGCAUGAAGCCCAACAAGCCAAUGAGGCUCAGUGAGAAGGAAAGCAGACUUGUGGCUCAGCGAAUCCUGGAAGAGUAUUAUGUGCACCUGAUUGCAGAUAACCUUCCUGUGGCUACCCGUUUGGAGUUCUUACCGGUUGGAGGGCCCAGGGACACAGAGGAGCCGAAGGAGAAGGAGGAGCAGGAGGAUGUGCAGUUUGAGCAUGGCUACAGACUGGGCUUUGUGGACAACAAUAAGUUCUACCUGCACAACCACCUGUCUUUCAUCAUAUAUUACCACAAGGAGGAAGUAGAGGAGAAUGAGGAGCCAAGCUUCCGGGUUGUGCGCUUCGAAGUGGUGCCACGGAGCGUGAGAUUAGAAGAUUUGAAGCCUGAUGACUGGGGUGACUGUAGCCCUCCUGGAGUCUCACUGCCCCUGGAGAUUGAGCCCAAGAAGGAGAACGAUGUCAUCUUCUCUUACUCUGUUCACUGGAAGGAGAGCCAAGUAAAGUGGGCCUCACGUUGGGACACCUACCUGACCAUGAGUGACGUGCAGAUCCACUGGUUUUCAAUUAUCAACUCCUUGGUGGUCGUCCUCUUACUCUCUGCUGUUCUUAGCAUGAUCAUGAUCAGGAUCCUUAAGAUGGACAUUGCAACGUACAACAAGUAUGACUUGUGCCCUGUGAUCUGCCAGGAGGAGACUAUGGAAGAGUCUGGCUGGAAGAACAUCCAUGGUGAUGUGUUCCGCCCCCCUCGAUAUCCCAUGAUUCUCAGUUCACUGCUGGGCUCCGGUGUACAGCUCUUCUGUAUGAUCCUCAUUGUCAUAUUCAUGGCCAUGCUGGGAAUGCUUUCUCCUUCCAGUCGAGGAGCUCUGAUGACCACAGCCUGCUUCCUCUUCAUGUGUAUGGGUGUUUUCGGCGGAUAUUUUGCAGGAAGAUUGUACCACUCUGUGAGAGGAAAGAAGUGGUUGAAAGGAGCGUUCUGUACAGCAACUCUCUUCCCUGCUGUGUUUUUUGGAAUUUGCUUCUUUCUCAACUUCUUUAUUUGGGGGAAGCACUCGUCAGGAGCGAUCCCCUUCUCCACCAUGGGCGCGUUGCUCUGCAUGUGGUUUGGCAUUUCCAUGCCCUUGGUAUGUAUCGGCUACUUCCUGGGUUUCCGCAAACAGCCCUAUGAAAACCCUGUGUAUACCAAUCAGAUCCGUCGCCAGAUCCCCAAACAACACUGGUACAUGAACAAUUUUGUGGGGAUCCUGAUGGCUGGAAUUCUUCCUUUCGGUGGAAUGUUCAUUGAACUCUUCUUCAUCUUCAGUGCCAUAUGGAAGAAUCAAUUCUACUACUUGUUUGGGUUCCUGUUCCUGGUAUUCAUCAUCCUGGUCAUGUCCUGUUCUCAGAUCAGUAUAGUUAUGGUCUACUUCCAGCUAUGUGCUGAGGACUACCACUGGUGGUGGAGAACCUUCAUUGUAUCGGGGGGCUCUGCCUUCUACAUGCUCCUGUAUGCCAUUUUCUACUUUUUCAACAAGCUGGACAUUGUGGAAGUCAUCCCCUCGCUGCUCUACUUCGGCUACUCGGCCCUCAUGGUCCUCUCCUUCUGGCUCCUGACGGGCACAGUCGGCUUUUAUGCAGCAUACGCGUUCAUACACAAGAUUUAUGCCGCUGUCAAGAUUGACUGAGCAAUCAUCUGUUGUUCAUACUUAUUUCCUUUGGGAAUUCUAAUGUGUUUUUUUUGUUGUUCUUUAAAGCAAGUAAACAGUGAAUUGAUGCUCAGUGGAUGAAAGAUUGGUAAGAAGAGAGACCCCUAGUGGCCUCUAAGGGAAUAAAUGACAAAAAAAAGUAUAUAAAGGACAGCCACUGUAACCCAGACAAUUGCAUCAAGCCUUUUCAGAUGAUUUGAGUCACUUUUCAGAGCAGGAGUCAGAGUGGGUGGAGACUGGGUGCUGGUUGAAAUGGAGUACUGUUUAAUUGACAACUAUACUAUACUUACACUAUCAACUAUACUUUCGGAAUUUUGUUUUAUACAUAAUGCUGGUAUUCUACACAAAUUUUCUCUGAUACCAAUUUGAGGGAACAUGCAUGAAUAAUUAUGCUUUUUUAUGUUUUAUUCAGAUCUGAUUUUUUUUUUGUUAUUUCAUCCUGCAUGAUUAUGGUUCUAUGCUGAAUAAACUGAUGGCACCCAUAAGUCAGUUAUGUAUUUCCUGCCAUUGUGCUGGUGUGGAAAGGAGAGCUUCCAUAGGGAUGAGACUCAGGGUGACGAUACACAGGACAGUUUUUUGAGCAAUGUUGCUUUGGCACUUUACCAUUGAUAUUCGGUUACAAAUUUCAA